AUGCUACUCCAUAAGAGUCUGGUCCCCUUGCUUACUUUCGUUACUGCUGUCUCCUCCGCUUUCCUGACUCCGAGGGCCGAAGACCCCAGGAAUGAUGGGAUCCACCUCGCCGUCGAACCACGUUGCGGGUCACUCUCCGGCAGUACCGCGGACGUUAAUGCAGGCCUGAUACCAGAGCGCUUCAAGAUCGUCGUCGCAUUUGGAGACAGCUACACUGACGGUGGGAAGUCAGAUGGCUCGCCUCUUGACCCAGCCGUCAUUGUUCCUCCCAGCCCGUUGGCAGGAGGGCGGUCGACCAAUGGGUUGGUCUGGGUGGAGAAUGUCGCGAAUGAUCUUGGAGCGCGCUUGAUGGACUACGCGCAAUCCGGCGCUUGCAUCGAUCUUUCGUUGUGGCCGAGCAACCCAAGAAAGGUCGAUUUUCUGGGCCAGAUGAAAACCUUUCUUGCUCAGAAGAACACUUUGGAUCCUAACACGACACUCUAUGCCAUUUUCUUCGGGAUCAACGAUUACCUUGCGUCCCUGAAUGAUGGCGACCAUAUGCCGGCUGCCGCGCAGACACUGCUUGACCAAAUCGCUAUUCUAGCAAGCCCACCCACGAAUGCACGUAAUAUCAUGGUCCUUGAUGUGUACGGGCGUGGCACCGUUGCGCCUCAAGGCGAGUCCUUUAAGCAGACUGUCUUCCACGGGCUCGAGACGUUACACCUCGGCACCUUCAACUCUAGCACCACCCAACAACACGGUCGAAUACCGAAACUCAAUGUCGCCUACGUAGAUUUCUCCACGAUCUGGGAAGGUGUACUAGGUUCACCUGGAUACGAAGCGUUCGGCUACACGAGUACGGACUCGUGCACCUUGUGCAACGCGAAUGGGUGCACGACCGAAGGGAUGUGCGAUGACCCAGAGCACUAUUUCUAUUGGAUACCUGGCCAUCCCUCGAAGGAAACCAUGAGGAUCAUGGCCGACUACGUAGGCGACGUGUUGAGGAGCUGUCGCGUUGGCUAG